GGAAAAUCAAGGAAUCAUUAGAUUUGAGUUUGAAAACCAAGAAGGUGAUUGAUGAGCUAAAACCAUAUGAAAAGAAAGAAAUAUAUAAACAUCAUAAACAAGUGUUGAAGAAUAUUCAUCAAUGCUAUCACAUGCUAAACAACUUUGAGGAAGAAAAUUUUUACCUGAAAGAGCUGAUGUUGCUGAUGAAAAGUUAUGGAGAACAACUUGGAGCAGAAUUUGCUUCUGUUGAAUGCAACAUGGCAGAGAACUACUUUUUAAGAGGGGUAAACGAGACAAAGCAUUGAAAUUAUGCCAACAAGUGAUGGAAAAGUUAAAUGAUAUGAAGGAAUAUGAUCAGAUCACAGUGAUGAUAACAUUAUCAAAAUGUUGUUUAUCUUUUGGAGAAUUUGAAAAAGCAGAUGAUUUAUUGGAUAGGUCAUGGAAAUUGCUUUCCAGAUUUGAUUAUUACAAUUUUCUUCAUGAGCGUCUUGAUGUCGUGAAUCUCAAGUGUCAGUGUGAGAUUGAAAGACCUAAUAGAUCAAAAGACAAGCUUACUGAAGCAUUGGAGAUAGCAAAACAAACUUUGUCUAUUACUCAGUCUUUCCUACCAUCAGAAAGUUUACAGAUUUUCUAUUGUACGUGAAUUGAUUGUUAAUAUGUUUUGUGUACUACU